UCGAUGUGGGAUUUUUAGUUUCCUCACACUCACAAGGAAACAUACUUCAACACACAGCAACCGGGUUAGGCCUUGAAAUUUUAGUGCCACUAAACCGUUGGCCAUUAUAUAGGGACCACCCAUGCAGUACUCCUGUGAUCACCCUUUCCUCAUCACUAACUUAGGAUUGCCGUGUAGUUCAAUUCCCCAGGAAAAGUCGCCAGGAGAUGGAUCAUUAGAGUUCUUCCAUGCCAUGAGACGCCAUUCACGGCCAGUUCACAAGUCCCAUCCCAUGCUCAUCCCCGGUGGCAAUGACAAGAUUGUCAGAAUUCAGGAGCUGCAGUAUUGGAUUUCGAGCUUCUCUUGUCAAGUUGACCGACCAAACAGCAGCGACAUCCUGAGUCAAAAGCUGAAGCUCACCUGUUUUCUUAAUUGUCAGCACUCCGAAAGAGUCAUUUAUUGGAUUCAGCCUGUUUGCAAUCCAAACAACUGUCCUGGCUGGGACUUUCUUGUACCAGAUUACCAAGUACCGGUUCCUGGAACUGCCUGGACUGAAGAAACCCAGUUCAGAGCUUCCAUCAACGAAACUAAGGUCUUGCCAUCAGGGAGAGAUUCAGAUGGAGAAAUGAAGUCAAGUGAAGCAGAAGCCGAAUUCAAGAAAAUGAGAAAACAGGUACUCAUAAAUGCUAUCAAAUUAAAAACAUGGAUUGAUGUCCAGAAUUAAAGCUUUUUCACAGCAAGAUAAAUAUAGAGACUGCAUCAGAGAACAUCACAAAGAACUUGCAUUUGAAACACAAAGGACUUUGACUUAUGUGAGUGUGAAAAUCUUGGAGAUGUGGCUAGGAGUUUUGGGACGAAUUUCCAAUCAACUUUUCGAUUCGAU